CUUGAAUGCAGCAAGUACUGCCCUACGAGCUUCGCUAGCGUAAGUGGGACGACACAGUGGGCUCUUCCGCGUCGGAUCGCAAUUGCACUUUGAAACAUCCUCAGUUAUCGGCCACAGCAGCAACAUGGAUAACGGCUUUUCCAAAACCGGGGACACUCAACUGGACCAGGCUGUCACACAAUGGCUGCAAUAUGACAAGAAUCCAAACACCAAGUCAGCAGUGGAGAAACUUUUGAAAGACGGCGCCAUAGAAACGCUCAAGAAAUGUUUCUCAUCCAGGAUGGAGUUUGGUACGGCAGGUUUGAGGGCUGCUAUGGGACCCGGCAUAGCCUGUAUGAACGACCUCACUGUCAUCCAGACCACACAGGGUUUCUGCCGCUACCUAGAAGAACGUUUUGGCAACCUGAAGGAGCGAGGAGUGGUGAUCGGCUACGAUGCCCGAGCUCACCCUCCCAGCGGAGGCAGCAGUAAACAGUUCGCCCGACUUGCUGCUGCUGUGUUCAUCAGCCGAGGGGUUCCUGUGCACCUCUUCUCUGACAUCACCCCUACUCCCUUUGUGCCCUUCACCGUUUUACACCUCGGUCUGUGUGCUGGCAUCAUGGUGACGGCCUCACACAACCCCAAACAAGACAACGGUUACAAGGUAUACUGGGACAAUGGUGCCCAGAUUGUGUCCCCUCACGACAAAGGCAUCUCCAAGGCAAUAGCGGAGAAUCUGGAGCCUUGGUCAGAGUCCUGGAAUACAGAGGGAGCCCUGGAGAGCCCCCUGCUCAAAGACCCUUAUAAGGACAUCCACACUAGCUACUUCAAAGCCAUUCAGAAACACUGCCACCACAGGGAAUUAAACAAGAGUUCCGAGGUGAAAAUCGUCCAUACGUCCGUGCACGGUGUUGGCCACACGUUUGUACAGUCGGCAUUCGAGGCCUUUGACCUUCACCCACCUUAUGCUGUGGCGGAACAGAAAGACCCGGACCCUGAGUUCCCCACUGUCAUAAACCCCAAUCCUGAAGAGGGAGAGGGAGUUCUGACCCUCUCCUUUGCUUUGGCUGAGACGGAAGGGGCCGCUGUGGUGUUGGCCAAUGACCCGGACGCUGAUCGGCUGGCUGCCGCCGAGAGGCAGGAGAGUGGACGCUGGCGAGUGUUUAGCGGCAAUGAGCUGGGAGCAUUACUCGGCUGGUGGAUGCUCCACUGCUGGAAAGCGCAAAGCCCCGAUAGUGGUGCUGUGAAAAACGUCUACAUGUUGGCCAGCACUGUUUCAUCCAAGAUUCUACGUGCCAUUGCGCUCAAGGAAGGCUUCCACUUUGAGGAAACACUGACAGGGUUCAAAUGGAUGGGAAACAGAGCCCGAGAACUUUUGGAUCGAGGCAAGACCGUUCUGUUUGCCUUUGAGGAGGCCAUCGGGUAUAUGUGCAGUCCCUCAGUGUUGGACAAAGAUGGAGUGAGCGCAGCUGCAAUCGCAGGAGAGAUGGUCUCCUACUUGGCUGCUGAGCGGAAGAGUCUCUCUCAGCAACUCACAGCCAUCUAUAAAGAGUAUGGCUACCACUACAGUAAGAACUCCUACUUCAUCUGCCAUGACCAGAAUGUGAUCCGCAGCUUGUUUGAGCGCCUGCGCAGCUAUGAUGGCGGCAAAGACUCCUACCCAAGCAAAUGUGGCCGCUUCUCCAUCACUUCCGUCCGCGACCUGACCACUGGCUACGACAACAGCCAGCCUGAUAACAAGGCUAUUCUUCCCACCUCCCGUUCCAGUCAGAUGAUCACAUUUACCUUCGCCAAUGGGGGCGUGGCCACCAUGAGAACCAGUGGCACUGAACCCAAAAUCAAAUAUUACACUGAGUUGUGUGCAGCCCCCGGUAACAGUGAUUUGGAGCACCUGAAGAAGGAACUGGACCAGCUGGUUGAUGCCAUCAUUGAAAACUUCUUUGAGCCACAGAAGAACAAACUGCAACCAAAGCCAAAAUAGAAGCGAUAUUGUUAAACCACAUCAUGUUUUGUCUGUCUUAACUACAAAUGUGCGUCAUACAGAGCAGGGGACCAGUAGCAACUAGUAACACGCAACAGCAUUCAAUCAGAUCCAAAGCAAUGUUUUCUUAAAACAUAAUUAAGGAGGUUAUUUUUUAACACACUGCCACUUGAGUCUUUCUUUUCUCAUUGCAAAUGGAUUGGAGAGUUUUUUGGGUCAUUGUCAAACUGUCUGAUGUACAAAGUACAAAGUUGCUAGGGCUCCUUUCACAUAAACAGAUAAUCAUUCCUAUUUCCUGUGAGGUAUGUGGUAAUAAACAUUUUAAUUCCUGGUU